AGAGAAAAAAGUUGUCUUGUCUUUGCAGAAUUUUUUUUUACUUCCUGAUUAGCAGCUGAUGCUACAACAUUCAUUCGGCGGUCCCCUCGCCAAUCUGAGGUCUGAUAUUGAGUAUUUUUUAUGAGGAUAGUAGGAGUUCACUGAUCUGAUUAAUAAGAGUUUUUUUGCCUGGUAGAGGCUGGUCUGGGGUCUGAUAGACUAUAAUAAAAACAUUACAACAAAAAAUAUAUAUUUUUUUUAAUUUGCAUUUUUCCAGCAUGGUAGAAGAGCUUGUGGAUCUUGAGGCAGUGUAGUCUAAAUAUAAUUUGUUUUAGCACUGCUGCAUGCGUUACAGCUAUACCUAAACAGCCUCUAGUGUUUUAUGUCACACACUCAUAGAGGAAAAAAUGGCAACUGCCUUAUUCAGUAGUAGUGGAGAAGAGGUCAUCAGUCGAAACAUUGAUAUUGCCCAAGCAGAUAUCCAAAGCAGUCCUGAGAAAGAGCUGGAUGAAUUCUAUGAAACUGAAAAAACUGUUGAAUUUAUCCAAAGAAAUGCAGCACAAAAGGUUGCUUUGCAGUUCUCUGAUGAUCUUUUAGUUGAUUCUGUGACAGUGGCCCGAAAGCUGGAAGAGGCCACAGGCGCUAAGACUUAUAUCCUUGGAGACACUUCAUAUGGCAGCUGCUGUGUGGAUGAAGUAGCUGCAGAACAUGUUAAAGCAAAUGUCCUUGUCCAUUAUGGCCGUGCCUGUCUCAGCCCAUGCUGCCGACUUCCUGUCUUUUAUGUAUUUGGACGGAAAGCAGUUAAUGUAGAUCUUUGUGCAGAAGCAUUCCUGAGCCAAUACCUAGACACUGAUUGUCAUGUGGUUGUACUGAGUGAUGUGGUGUAUGACCAUGCUCUAGGUGAAUUGAAGAAAAGGAUAGAAUCUGCAUAUCCUAAUGUUAUUUUUUCCAAACUAUCCUUAUGUGGUGGAACAGCAUCUCCAGAUGAAAUUGUUAAAUUUGGACGCAGAUUUUCUCCAGAUUUAAGCCUUUGGCCAGAAUCCUAUAGUAUUUUCUAUGUUGGUGGCGAGGGUUCAACUCUUAGCAACCUCAUGUUGACUUGGCCACGCUGCACAUUCUUUAGCUUUAACCCUGAUACAGGAGAGGGCAGGACAGAGGGACUCCAUAUAAACCGUGCUUUAAUGAAACGUUUUUACCUCAUUGAAAGGGCCCGAGAUGCCAACGUUGUUGGUAUUCUAGUUGGAACAUUGGGUGUCUCUGAUUACCUCUUGGCAAUAAAACAUCUGCAAAACAUUAUCCAUCUUGCUGGCAAAAAGAGUUACAUGUUUUCUGUGGGAAAGCUAAACCCAGCCAAGUUGGCCAAUUUUCCAGAAAUAGAUGUAUUUGUACUGGUGGCCUGUCCUGAGAACGCUAUGCUUGAUUCCAGUGAGUUCUACAAGCCUGUAGUGACUCCUGACGAGAUGGAAGUGGCCUGUAAUCCAGCACGGGAGUGGCAUGGCUAUUGUAUCACAAAUUUUAGAGAGCUACUUCCAGGUGGUUCUGCCUAUGUGGAGUUCCCAGAGACUGAUCCAUCUGAUGCACACCAUACAGAUGUAUCUUUGAUCACAGGAAACCUUCGUUCUUCACACCUUACUGUAACAGAGACCCCACAGAAGGAUUUAGAAACAUCUUUGGUGCAACGGAACAGCACAACUGCUUUGACUCAGAUGAAUUCUGCAGCAUCCUAUUUGGCCUCCCGUAGCUGGCAGGGACUAGAUAAGGCAUUGGGCCAGACUCCAGUGGUAAAGGCUGUAGAAGGUCGCAAGGGCAUUGCUAUAGCAUAUGAAGAUGAAAUUUGCAGCUGAGAAGAAUAAGUCUGCAAGUAAGAAGAAAGCAGAGCUACAAGAAGUGCUGUUCCCCUGCACAAAAAGAUUGUCACCAGAGAUGCAGUGCAUCCACAAAAAGUAGUAAAAGAGGAGAGCACUCAAAUGCAGUCUUACUUCUGCAGAAUUGCUUUAUUGCCGACUACCAGUGUUUUUGGUAGUCAGCAAUAAAGCAAUUCUGCAGCCGUAAGUCUGCAUUUGAGUGCUCUCUUUUACUACUUUUUAUGGAUGCACUGUCUGACCUACAGGAAGUCUGAGAGGAUUGACGCACAUGGAUCUGCUGCUUUAGUAAAGCGCUGGAAUCUCUAAAACCAGAGAUGCAGUAUUGCAGAGACUGGUUCAGGAGCUAUACAGAGGGCAACAUUAGCUUUUUUUUUUUUCUUCAACCAGUGGUGCUUAUGAAUAUUUAGGAGAAUGUAAAACAAUGGAAAGUUUGUAGUACAAGUUGCAGAUUUUCCUAUUGAACAGCCUAGGAGAGGGAGAGUUCAGCAGAACUGAUUUAUUUGGCUCUCAUGUAACUUCAUUUUCACAUUAUUUGAAUGCCAAGUAAUGCCCAUUGCAAGCAGUCAAAUCUGACUAAUUUCAAGGUGUAAAAGACUGUACCAGGCUUAAAAAGAAAAGAACGCUUUGUAGAAAGGAACUGCUAACGUAAUUUCAAGAGGUUAAUACAGAUAGGGUUAUGUAACCUAUUUAAAGACUUCAGUGUAUUUUUUUGAAGCAGGUGCAUAAAUGGAUGUUACUGAAUCCCACAACAUUUCUGUAAGCCACACCAACCCACUCACCCAGUUCAGCCUGUCUAAAAUUAAUUUAAACCUUGAUGAAGAAAAUGAUUUUUAAUUGGUGGUCUGUAUCAUCUGUUGGUUUGAAUACUUAACCUUGGCCCGCCCAUUGCAUUAGUGCUAUAUUUGCUUAUGGACAGUGAGAACUGAAAACUCUUAACAGGAUAAAAAAAAAAAUGAAUGGAAAAUUGUGGCAGGGCCCCGUAUUGAUGCUUUUCAGCCCAAAAAUUGGAGUUUUUUGAGCUUUAGAUAGCCAGUACUAGCUCUGUCUUGUAUUUUACAAUUAAGUGAAUGAGAAAUGGCAGAGAGGUACAGAUCUAUAUAUCGCAAAAGAAACACUCUUCAGAAGUGGAUAGGUCCAAACAGAAUGGGCAAAUAAAGCUUAAUAAAUACUAAGCCUCCAAAUCAUGUAUACUUGGCCCCUCAAGUAUAGUACAGCAGGGCAAUUAUAGUGACAGUAUAUGUACUUUCAGUGGUGUUUAACACAUUGUUCAAGCUUUGUGUGCAUUGGAAAUUUUUAGGUGUUUUGAUGUGUGAGCAGAGUAGCUUUCAGGGGGACAUGUAUUAGAGCUCUCCUCAUUAUCAUCAGAGCCCUGAAAAUCUAUAUUUUGUAUGGUUUACUAAACCAUGAUUGUGUACGCAAGAUCAUUUUACUGCAUAAAAGAUCCUUUUUCAAUACACAGUCAUAAAGGGAUUAGAGGGAACAUUGUUUAGAUUAUUUCAGGCUUUUUGGGUUCAGGCAUUUUUUUUAGUUUCACCUCCUUUUCAAAAAUUACUUGUAGAUACAUGAAAACAACCUUUCAGGUGACCCUGCUACUUCAGAGAUAGCCAAAAACAUUAAAUCUGUAGAAAUAAUUUUCUCUGCAUGCAAAUAACUUUUAAUUUGCAUUUGCAUAUUGUUCUUGUGUGUGACCAAACAUUUUUCGUACAAAGUACAAGAAAUGCACAUUUUAUUUUCAGCCUCUUUUAGGAAAGUGUCCUAUGUAUUGCCAACAGAUGGCACUAUUGAUGUGAUUUGUACACUUUUGUUUGUUAAAAAAGACGACAUAAAUAUACCACAACAAAACAGUGUAAAAAAACAAACAAACGGACAUGGUUGCACACAAUGCUGGGCACCAGCUGGAUAAUAGAGUGAAGGGAUUAGUGCCAGGUUGUAAAGAAAUCCAGCACAAAAGCCCACAUCCAAGCAUGGCAGAGCUGUUUUGUGAAGCUGUGUGUGACGAUGUUUGGUAGGGCAAUAAUGGGCAAUUAUUAACGCAUUACUUAUACUCUAGCCAUGGGGGACACAGGGAAACAUUGUUUUGCAACAAUUUGUUAGUUGUCUGACAAAACCGAAAAAGAUAAUUAUCUUAUGUUGAAAAUAAUUGAAAAGCAAUAAAACUGGAAGCAUAGAUCUCUGUUGCCUGUGGUAAUUUUGACGUUUUGAGUUUAGAAUUAUACAAAUAUUUGGAUAUUUUAUCCAUAAAUAUUUUAUACAUAAAGAAAAGAUGCAUUAAAGGCUUAAAUAUAGGAAAAACAAAUUUAUUUAGUCAAUGUUUCACUUCUUGCUUGUACUAAGGAGGUACAGGUGCUAGGUCCCAAGGAGGUACAGAAACAAUGUUUUUUAUGAUUUAAGCUCCUUAAGUGCACAAUUUCAUUAUUAAUUAAGCAUUUAUUAUUGUUUAUUUAUAUAUGUGUAUGCGUAUAUAUAUAUAUAUAUCAGUCCUGAUGGUGUCUGCACUCCAAGGCUUUAGUAUUCUGUGGGGUGCACAGCCAAAAUCUGAGUUUAUUUCAUGCUAUAUAUAUUAUAUAUAUAUAUAUAUAUAUAUAUAUAAUAUAUAUAAUGUGUGUGCAAUUGUGCCGUUUUUUAUUAAAGCUAGUGCAUUUUUAUACAAAUACUGAGAUGCCUGUGAAGCUGUGCCUCAAAUGAGCACUAUUUUAACACCAAUGGUUAAAUCGUAUGGUUCAGGUAAAAACAACAAAUGUGUAAUUUGUAAUUAAGUUAGCAGUGCUAUGCCCAGAAGCCCAUAUGCUGGAGAUGACUCUUAGUUUUGUCGAAAGCCCUUUUUGAUUCAUUGUUCAUAAAAGAGCAUUAUCACCUUUGUGGAAAGAUAAAGAUAAGGGAUUUCUUGGUACAUAUCUUGGAAAUAUUACCUGUGCCAUGCAUAAAAAUGAAAUGAAAGUAUUUAAAGAAGGGAAAUUAUUGGAUGGUAGUCUCUUUUUAUCUAGGUUGGGUAUGGCUGUUUCAUUUUUUGAUUGGAGGGUUAUAUUCUAGGGAUUCCGGUUGUACCCUUACCAAAAGUUCUAUCUUGGGGCCCACCUACCUAGUAUUUCACCACCAGGAGAGAAAUCUAAAAGAAACAUGUCAUUUUUUUCCCUCUUCAUUGUUAUAUAGCAGUAAUUCACUGGGUGUGAUAAAAACAUUUAUUUCUUUCAUCAAGAUAAGGAAACUAAUAUGUAUAUUUCUGUAAAUGUUUACAAUUCGCUUAUUAAAAUUUUAAUGGUC